GCAGUGAGGCGAAAAGAAGGAAAUGACGCGGAGUUUCAGGGAGCUGCGACUGCGGUAUAACGUCGGUAAACUCAAUCCCAGCAGUAGAGGAUCGGAGCCCGAGCCCAGGAGCAGCAGUGAUCGGAUCGUGCAGAGCAGCUCAUCCGCCGGCCAUGGGGAAGAUCGAGUGGGCUAUGUGGGCAAACGAGCAGGCAUUGGCCUCCGGCCUCAUUAUGUUGAUCGGCGGUAUAGUGGGAGUGGCCGGGCAGUUUAAAAGAUGGGAGUUUGCUGCGUAUGGCAUUGCUGCAGGAGUUUUUGUAAUGUUACUGGAAUAUCCCCGAGGGAAAAGGAGCAAAGGCACCACCAUGGAGAGACCGGGUCAGCGCUUUCUGGCAGCUGUUGUGAACUUGUUUGGACCUUUGACCCGGAAUUACUACGUCCGUGCUAUUCUUCAUGCAUGCCUUGCCGUGCCUGGAGGAUUUAUGUUGCCCACAGUUCUUGGCACCGUAAACCUGGGCAUUGCCAGUCUCAUUUAUCUCCUUGCUGCUGUACGAAAGGAGGAAUGGAGCCCCAUCCAUUCACAACAGUCUGGAAAUUUACAGGCUGGAGUAAGUAUUCAUCAGCCCCCCACAAAUCCUCCACCUCGGCCACCUGCAGACCAUCGAAGGAAACUAGCGGACAAUGCAGCAGGUGCCACACCAACACACAACUGAGAUCGAGGUCGUCAUUUGAAUCACAACUGUAAUCACUAACCUGUUUUGUAAAUGAAAUUUACGGCAAGUUAUUGUAGGUCUUAGGAGCAGCACGAGCUCGGAUUAUGAUGAAAGGAAAUGUGAACAGAUUUUUUUGCUGUGCUUUUUUUUCCACGUAAAGUGAUUUGCUGCAGCAAGGGUUAAUCUGUGUUUUUAUUCAUCAAAUGUUACUGUUUGUAGAAUAUAGGUACGUGAAGCUUUCCUAGAAUUUAUACUUACAGAUAUUUUUACAUUAUUUUAGGUCUGUUCCUUAUAAAAUACUAAUAAAAACUGAUGUAUAGAUGUGGAUAAUUUUUCAUGUACAGUAAGAGUAUUUCAGCUUUGCAUCAAAGCUAGGAACAAAUUUGCCUUUGAUAACUCUUGGUCUCGUGAUCAUUUACAACCAAUGGAGCUGAAGCCUCCACUUCUGAAACAUAAUCCCUGAUUUAUUUAGUUGACAAGACAAUUUCUGUACAAUUGUAUUAAACGCUACUGAAAGUGACAGCUGAGCUCAGCCACAGAUCAAAACCUGCUCCAUUAUCUGACCUUCCUUUUCUUUCUGGAUCACUCCCUGACAAUAAUGAACAGAAAAGUGUGUGUACAGCAGGAUACCCUGGCCCGCAGGAUUACUAAUGAUAGGAUUAAACUUGGCACCAUUGAUCUAUAACUUCAAAGGCAUUUAUUUUCAUGUGCUGAUGGGUCUCCUAAUUUCCACAGUAACAAUCGCCCUCUGCAGUCCCAGGUACUAUUCUUUGUUGUAAAGGACACUGUUAUGGCUGCAGUAUAUUAAAGGAUUGUGCCUAGUGAUCUAUAUUCUCCUCACCUGCCCACGUUCACAGAAAAAUAUACUUUAGUACGCUUACCGACCAGGAGAAAUGCUAAUUACUGUGCUAUUGAAUUACUUUCAUUUGUUAGUUCAAGUUGUUUUACUGCAUCAAAUACUUAAUGUAAGUGGGGGUAUGGCAGAACUAUUUUAAAAGGAGCCAUCACUUAAUGGAAAAGUUAUUUAUUUCUGUCUGCUUAAAUGCUUCAUGAAAUUAGCAAUGUAACUACAAAAGAGUGGCUCACCUGUGCUGAAUAAAAAGCAUGUAAUAAUGAUCAGGGAGUAUGUUUAAAAUGGCCUGACAUGUUUUGCUUGUAAUUCUAAUGGCUAAGGAACAGAAACUUUUAUUGGAAUAAAAUAUUCUUAAAAAUUAUAUUGUUUAUCAGUGGAAAG